UGCAAAUAUAUAAGUUAUAUAGUUUUUAUUUAAAUAUUAUCGCUUUCUCUCCACAAGUUGUUUUAUUCCUCUAUACAUAACUGUUUAAGGUGGCAUGCGAAAAGAUUUUGUUGUGACAGUAGAAACAGGAAAUGUCGUAUGUUUGCAAACUUCCCGCACUACAGAACUUUGAGUACGUGGUCGGUAACAAGCGGAAACUUUCAGACUAGUAGUGAGCGGUCAACAGAAAAGAAGCUGGUAAACAUCAUAUAAGUAAACGCUAGUAUGGUUCCACGAAGGCAGGACUUCGGGAGAAAAAGGAGCGACGGAGUGCGGAGCAGCUCGGUUAUAAACUUUAGGACCACGAUGACCUCGGGCUCCGUCCGCCGCAGCUCCGCCGUGCUGCCGUCGGUUCUAACGUUCCUGGUCAUCGUAGCAUCCGGAGGCCUGCUGCUUAUGAUAGAGAAAGGAAUGCUGAACAGCAUGGAGACGCCUUCUCCCAGGGGUACCGGUAAGCGGCUGGACUUUAUCCGGCAGACUGAGAAACACGGUGCUAACGGCGUGGACGUGGAGUCCCAGAUCCUCCAAGAAAUCCGCAACCGGACCAUCAAGACCAUGUGCAGCCAGAAGAACAUGCCCCACAGCGUCUGGUCACUGAGCCCCCUGCAGAGGAAGACGCUGCUGCAGCACAUCCUGGUGAACGAUGACUACCGCUUCCUCUACUGCUACGUCCCAAAAGUGGCUUGCUCCAACUGGAAGAGGGUCCUGAAGGUCCUGAGUGGAGCUCUUGAGAAUGUGGAUGUCAACAUAAAGAUGGACCACCGCAGCGAUCUGCUCUUUUUGUCCUCUCUGAAGCCAGAGGAGAUCCGUUACCGCCUCACUCACUACUUCAAGUUCAUGUUUGUGCGAGAGCCCAUGGAGCGCCUGCUGUCUGCAUACAGGAACAAGUUUGGAGAGAUUGAGUCCUACCAGAAAAAGUACGGUGUGGAGAUAAUAAAGCGAUACAGAAAGGGCUACGCUAAGGAUGCAUCUGUGACAGGAGAUGAUGUGACCUUUGCAGAGUUUGUCCAUUAUUUGCUGGAUGAGGACGUGGAGCGCAUGAAUGAGCACUGGAUGCCGGUGUACAACUUAUGCCAACCUUGUGCCGUUUCCUAUGAUUUCAUUGGAUCCUAUGAGCACCUUGAACGUGAUGCAGAGUACGUGCUCCAGCGCAUCAGCGCACCUCCAUUUGUUCACUUUCCAGAGAGGCAAACGUGGUAUAAACCAGUUACCACAGAAACGUUACACUAUUACUUGUGCAGCUUACCUCAGAAGCUACUGAGGGAACUCUUGCCUAAAUACAUUUUAGACUUCUCUCUCUUUGCUUAUCCCCUCCCCAACACAACCACUGAACACUGCAGACACUAAAAGGUGCAAUGUUUUAUAGUUUUGAGAUUAUAUUUUUAUAGAAUAUCACUAUUUUUAUUUCUAGGGAAGAGUAUACUGAAAGCUGUUACACGUUUUUACUUGAGAUUUCUGCACAUCAUGCAAAACCACUAAAGCUUGAAACUGAAUAGGAAAGUGUGUACUUACACAGUAACUCAACCAGUUUGGCCAAUAAUGAUGUUACAAAUGUUUACAACUCCCUUUCAAAUAACAUUUGACUGUUACAGUGUAAUCUACACCUGUGCCAUUUCAAAUUUCUGCAUACUUUAUUUAGUAAAUAAUUUAGACACUUUUAAACAUAAAAAACAUGAAUAUUAAACAUAAUACACAAAACCUUCAUUCUAAACAUGUACAAAAGUUAGAAAAGCUGGGAGUCAUUCCAGAAAAUGAAGUCACUAAGCUGAGUGAGAAGUUGGAUUUCUUUUUAAAAACAAGAGAACUUUAAAACAGGUGGGUAUAUUGUCUUGUCUGAACUGACUCUGGUUGGACGGCAUGGUGAAGCAGCUGAGGUAUGCUACAGGUUAUUUCAUGUCCAGUCAACACUUCAAGCACAAGCUUCUAGUGUUUUCCGACUCACUCGUCACACCCCUUCAUUUGUCAUCCAUCCUUAAAGCUGACAUUCCUGAAAAUGAAAAGACCGUUUCAGCAGGACGUGAAAUAAAUAAAUCUUUCAUCACCACUCUGCCAGGAAUCAGGGUGUUGCUUAAAUUAAAAACCGGUUCAUCGCCUUCGUGUUUUUAAAGCCUAACUUACCUAUCUGUUGACUUGUCACUGGAGCGGUCAAGAGUUCGGAGGAUGGAGCGCUCUGUGGAGGUGUGGCGAGGACUGCUGGAGACACUGAGGGACGAUGAGCUUUGCAGGGAUGAAAAGGACAAACCUUGUCUCCGCAUCUCCUGGACUGCCCUUUCACUGAGGUCAGAAGGCAACAGGACAAGGGUUUGAUUGUAUCCUCAGGAUUUUGUGAUAAUCGUGUACAUUUGGAUGAAUUACAACUUAGAGAGCUAAUUAAUUAUGUGAUAAGUAAAUACGUUGACUUCAUGCAACAGUUUUGAUAAAAUCUAAUUUGAUCAUUUCAGUAAACAAUGUCUGAAGUCAUUUCUGACAUACAGAGUUGUGUUUACGUCAUCCUAUAGAGAAGUUGAAUAAAUGUUUUUGUACCAUUUGAGAUUUUUCUUAUACAUCGAGCUCUAAAUAGUUAAAGAAAUUAGCAUCUUAAUUGUGCCAAAAAUCAUUAGUACUACCUUCUGUAAAGACUUUUUUUAUGAAAAUAAUCAAGUUUUGUCAAAGAAUUUAUAAAUUAAAUUUAUAUUGUGCUUUAUUGCUGAUGGCUCUCAAAAGUGCUUAAAAUUUAAAUUCAGACUCACAGAUGAAGACAUAAUUAGACAUAAUUAGAUUUCCAGCUGUAAGAGACUAGUUGCUUCUGCUUUACUGUAAACUGAGAUUUUCUCAGUGAGAUUCACAUUCUGAUGUUCUUUUGUAAGUCUGCUUUUUUAGUCUGAUAUCAGUGGAAAAACUAAAUUCUUGUGGAAAAUAAUGUAGACUGACCUCUGCUGUUGCACCAUGGAUACAGCUAAUGAACCUGAGGUUAUAGAAUAUAUAUUGAUAUCAGCUAAGCUACCUGACAUGCAAAGUCUGAUGUCUUUUAUUGAAAUUAUAGGUUAAGAGUUCAGUAAGUUGAACAGAAAAGUGCCAAUUUUCAAAAAAAAAAAAAAAAAAAAAAAAAAGUUAUGGGUAAUAUUUUGCCAAUCAUGUAUUUAAGCUUUUUCUCCCCCUA